GUGUGUGCAGGGGUGGGCCGCAGCACCCCAGAUGUGCCCAAAACUGAGCCAGCACCCCCUGCUCCACCCGGAAAGAGGCCCCCGAAGCCCCGCCCACGAGCGGGCGCGCUCUCCAGGGCUGAGUCCCAGGGGCCGCCCGUGGCCGCCGUGUCACGUGACCUGGACCGUGACGUAGGAGGAAGGAGACGCCAUUAGAGGGAGGCGGAGAAGGGGGACGCUGUUCGCUUUCCCGGGGUGCCUGACGUGGUGGCAGGGGCCCUCCAUUCGCGGACUUUCCGUGGGCCCUUGCAGGCCUCGCCCCAGAGGCGGGAGGGGAGACGCGCCCGGGCGUGGCUGGGCGAGUGCUGAGGGGCCUGCGCGGGCCGCGGCGGGGAAGGUGCUGCGGUGACCGCGGGGAGCUGAGCGCGGCUUUCGGCCCCGGCGGCGGCGGCGGGGAAGCGACGGAAUGGCUGCGGCCGGCAGCGGGGCGGCGGCAGCGGGCCGAGCCUACUCUUUCAAGGUGGUCCUGCUGGGGGAAGGCUGCGUGGGGAAGACGUCGCUGGUGCUGCGCUACUGCGAGAACAAGUUCAACGACAAGCACAUCACCACCCUGCAGGCAUCAUUCUUAACAAAGAAGUUAAAUAUUGGUGGAAAGAGAGUAAAUCUUGCUAUAUGGGACACAGCAGGUCAAGAGAGAUUCCACGCAUUGGGUCCAAUUUACUACAGAGAUUCAAAUGGAGCUAUUUUAGUUUAUGAUAUAACAGACGAAGAUUCUUUUCAGAAGGUAAAAAAUUGGGUCAAGGAAUUACGAAAAAUGUUGGGAAAUGAAAUCUGUUUAUGUAUAGUAGGUAAUAAAAUAGACUUGGAAAAAGAGAGACAUGUUUCCAUUCAAGAAGCAGAAUCGUAUGCAGAAUCUGUGGGAGCAAAACAUUAUCACACUUCAGCCAAACAGAACAAAGGAAUUGAGGAACUCUUUCUUGACCUUUGUAAAAGAAUGAUAGAAACAGCACAAGUGGAUGAGAGGGCUAAAGGCAAUGGCUCCAGUCAACCAGGUGGUACAAGGCGAGGUGUACAGAUUAUUGAUGAUGAACCUCAAGCCCAGAGCACUGGAGGAGGAUGCUGUACUUCUGGAUAACUGUUCACACCUAAGAAAUUAAAACAACAACAAAACAAACAAACAAAAAACUGUGGAUCAUUGCCCUCAACAUGAAGACUGCCAUGUUCCAAGUCACAUUAUUUUACCAUGGAAUUAUAGAAUUAACAGUAUUUUAAAUUACGUUUAUAACACUGCAGAGACCUUAAGUGCUAAACUUAGUGAAGUUUGUGACCAGAGAAUUGGCAUUUUUCUACAAAUGUUAACAAAGCAAUUACCAAUGGCCUUUUUACAUAUUUUUCUUUAAUAAGGAACAAUAAUGCAUGUAGAAAAGACCUACUUAAAGGCUUCAUUUAUAUUCUUUUAAAUCAAAUCUUUAUUUAAUAACUUAUAUAUGUUGUUGGAAUGGUAUACAUUUUUGCAGCCCUUUGUAUUUUGUGGUAGUUUUAAUUGUAUCACUUCUAAACAGCAAACUGUUUUUGUUUUUUGUUUGUUUGUUUUUUAAUUAGCAGAUACCUGAAAUACUAUUUUUGCAGGGUUUGCACAGGCCCCUAACUGUCUACUACUUUGAUAUAAUCUAUACACAUCCUGUAUGCUCAGCUGGUAAAAUACAUUGUAAAUUACACAUUAAACAUUUUAUCUGCUUUUUCAAAUGCCAGGUGCAAAAAUAUAUACAGUAGUCUGACUGAUGACUAUAAAAUGAGUUAACAUUUGGUGGUAACUCCUAACUUCUUUUGACUGAUAUAAAGAUCAUAGCUCCCCUUCACUUUUGUCUUAACAUGAAAGUGACGUGUUUAAAUUUUCACAUAUUACUUGAAUUAUUGCUGUUGUCACAUUUUUGCCUCUGUAAGUCCAUUUGAUGAACACAGCAGCACUUGCCUUUGCUAUUUUUGUUUGGAGGUUAUUUUGUUGUUUUUGUUUUUUUUGAUAAGAGAUGACUUCCAAUUUUACUCUAGAAUGGUUACCUUAGAUCUACCUUAGUGGAGCAUGCUGGGUUUCACUUCUGCAAUGACUUCAGUUUUUUGUUUUUUUUUUUAGGUUUUAUGUGAGAUGGGUUCAGUAAUGUGACAGGAGAAGGUGUCCCAGAGAGCAGCCACUCACCAAGACUCAUUCAUACAGCUUGUCAGUUUAUGCUCCCGAUAUGGCACUUUUCAAUCCUUCCUGAGCAAGCUGUAUUUGUUCAUUGUUUGCCAGAGAUGAACACAGAAAUAAGUGGUUUUUUGUUUGUUUGUUUGUUUGUUUUUUUAAGUUAACUUCCUGAGUUUCUGUGAAGGGAAACAUUUCAUGUAAUACAGUUAUGGUGAACACUGGAAAAAUUUAUUAGAAGAUUCUAUUCUUGUAUACUUUGUAAAUUAGUCUCAUUAGGCUUCCCUCUGCCCCCCCCCCCCCCAAGCAUUGGACAACUUAGAUCUGUUAAUAGAAUCAGGCACUGCUCACAGAAAAAUCACAAAUUGUGGAAAUUAACAUAUAUUGUUCUUGUUCUAAUAUAUAUAUUUUUCCAUUUCUGUCAUGCUUGGAAAACUAGUAAAUGUUAUGUCUAAGAUAAAAUGAAGUGGUCCCUGGAUUUACUCUUGAAGCAUUAUUAUGCAAUAAAACUGUUAAUAUGAGCAACUAAGAGGAUAUAGAGAGAUUAUAGUUACUAAGGUAGCACUACCAUAUCUUAAGUUAAUAGUUUAAAUUUUCCCACAUGGGUUUAAAAUUAAUGAAUUGACACAUGCUAUAAUGUUAAGAAUUUAUCUUAAAAGUAUUAAGUGUUCUGUGAGCCUGCACUUUACCUUUGAUUGUCCUUGCCUAUUCAACACACUGACUUCUCUUGUAUUUGUUGGAGUGGUGUGGGCCGGGAAGAGUUGGGGAAAUAAGCUAAAAUUGUCUUUUAUGGGAUGUCCAUUCUCUGUGUAGUCUUGGCUUUCUGGAAGUGUGUGUGUGCGGGGGCUUGGGGAGAGAGGCAAGGAGAACCAUGAUUACAUGUGCAGGAAAAAUUAGUUUUGCCUUCCUGCUUCUUUCUGAGGUAGUAAAGAAAAGCUUUUGCCAUUUAUUUCUUCUAUUGUAAGGGGAGGGGAACUCCAUUGGGGCUAAAUUUAUUUUUUUUAAUUAGAACUCAAAUUGAUCUUUAUUAAUAAAGAAAAAAGCAUAAGACCUGUUAGUUGGAAACCUAUACUAGCAAUUUUGAAACUUAUUAUUAAUUAUAUAAAAUCCACAUAGGAGCCUUUGUUCCGGAGUGGUCAGAUAAAUUUUGGUGGAGUAUAGCCACUUUCAGUAUUUAAACUUUAUUUUUCUCUUAGCUUUGUGUAUCUUUGUAUUUUGAGAUUAUUUAUUAACAUGAAUGAGAAGGAAAGAGAACCAGAGCAUUACUCUGGUACAUGCAGUGCCAAGGAUUGAACUUGGGGCCUCAUUAUUUUAAGUCUGACACUCUAAUUGCUGCUACCUCCUAAGCCUAUGUAUCUUUCUUAACCUGUAAUUUAAAUUACUUCAGUGACAGCAGUAGAUAUCUGUUCUUGCACUGAAGCCUAAAGGUCUCUAGGUCUCAAGGUAGAAAGGUAAUGAAAAGUAGUAAGUUGCAAUAUGUGUACAAGGGAAAGAUUAAAAAAAAAUGGUAAGCCAUUGCUAAGGGAAAGUUUUGGAUACUUUUCUCAACUUUUUUUUUUUUUUUGCCAGAGCCCUGCUCAGCUCUGGCUUGUGGUGUAGGGGAUUGAACCUGGGACUCUGGAGCAUCAGGCAUGGAAGUCUCUUUGUAUAACCAUUAUGCUAUCUACCCCCACCCCCAACUCUUUAAUCUUUAUUCUUCUCAUAAUUGUGCUAUUAUGGAGACACAAGUUAAUUUUAUUUUAUAUUAAAGGUAAUAGGUAGAACCAACAUUUUUAAACUAGUAAAUGUAUACAGAUGAUAUAUAUAUAGUUAAAAAGUAGUUUAAGAUAGUGAUUAAAAAGCUAUAAUCUUUUAUUAUGUUAAAAUAUGCAAUCAUUUCUGUAAUGGUGAUAGGUGUUCUACUUGUUUUGCUUUGUGAUUAUAGGGGGUUAUUGUACACAGUAUAUAUUGCAACAAUUUUGGGGUGAACAGUAAUAUGAAAAAAUGCAUCAUUGUGUGAAGUAUGACUGUUCCAGUUUGUUCUGGAGAUAUCUUGAAAAUACUCAAGUUAAAUCUUGUAAGUUAACUACUAAGGGUUGCUUUUUAGUUGGCAAGUAAGAAAGAAGAGUCAUUUUACUUUUAGAUUUACAGUAGGAAAAAUUGAGAAGAAAGAAGUUAGUAAGGACUAAGUGAAAAUUACCAACAUCCAAGGUUUGGGAGAUAGCAUAAUGGUUAUUCAAAAAGACUUACUUGCCCAAGGCGCCAAAGAUCCCACUGAAUUUCUAGCACCAUCAUAAGCCAGAGUUGAGCAGUGCUCUGAUGGAAGUAAGGAAAGUUCGCUGGCUGGUUGUUUAUGUCUUGACAAAAUUCUAAAUAAUUUUGAAAAGUACGUAAUUUAAUCCAAUAGUUUCUCAACCAACUUAUGCAUUGUGCCAUAUAUUUAAACAUUUUAAGUUAUAAAUGGCCAUACUAUUUAUUUCUUUUAAUUGUAGUUUUCUGUCUUAACGUUUGUUACCUGUAAUCUAGAUCAUUGAUCUUAUACUAUCUUCAUAGAAUAGAGGUUACCCUUAUAACUAGUACUUAACAUUAUCUCUUGCAGUGGUUUGAUCUGUGCCUUUACAUUUUGAAUUUUUUUCCCUUCUAUUUUGUCACUAUAGUUUUAAUUUUUUUCUUCAUAGUACUUGACAAAGAGGAAAUACUUAAGCAGCCAGGGUGCUCUGACUUCUUGCUCAGCUCUCUCCUCUCAUAAAAUAAACAAAUUAAUUUUUUUAUUAUUAUCUUUAUUUAUUGGAUAAAAACUGCCAGCAAUCAAGAGGGAAGGAGGAGAUAGACAGACACCUGCAGCCCUGCUUCACCACUUGAAAAGCUUUCCCUCUGCAGAUGGGGGCCAGGGGCUCUAACCCUGGUCCUUUCGCACUGUAAAAUGUCGCUCAACCAGGUGCACCACCACCCGGCCCCAUAAAUUAAUUUUUUAAAAGACAAAAUACUUAAUUUGUAACUAAGAUGUCAAAAUCUAAAAAAAAAAAAAUACAAAAAAGGGUGUUGACAGUAGUGUAUGAAAAUAGAGACUGGAUAAAUCCUUAUGCAUUUUUUGCUAAAUUAAAAAAAAACUACGUUACCUAGGUUUUAGUAUUUAGAAGAUGGGACUCAAUGAAUAUACACACUUAUUUGAUUCAUAAUAAGCAUUGAUUCUAGUUGAUUUUGCUGUCAUAUAUAUGUAUAUAUUUUUUCCCUGCCUCCAGGGCUAUUGCUGGGGCUCGGUGCUUGCACUAGGAAUCAUUUGCCCUUGUUGUUAUUGUUAUUGCUGUUGUUGGGUAGGACAGAAAGAAAUCGAGAGAGGAGGGGAGACACAGCAGGGGAGAGAAAGACACUGCAGACCUGCUUCACUGCCUGUGAAGCGACUCCCCUGAAGGCGGGGAGCCGGGGCUUGAACUGGGAUCCUUAUGCCGGUCCUUGCACUUUGCGCCACCUGCGCUUACCCCGCUGCGCUACCUCCUGACUCCUGCUGUUAUAUAAUUUUAAUCAAAUAUAACGGAGUUAUGGACCAAAUUUCAUGUUUAUAUGACUUUGGCCAUUCUCUUCACAAGGAAUAAAACCAGUUAAGAGUUUUGAGCUAAUAUUUCUAAGUAUAUUCCAGUACUAACCAUAUUAAAAAAUAUAUGCAUACUAUUAAUCAGUUUCCAAUUUCAAGCAAAAGUACUUGUAAACAGGUUCACUUUAAUAGUCUUCUGGCAGUACUUGUGCUAAUCCAAGGUCUUUGUCUUUUUUUUUUUCUAAAAAGCUUGAGUGUAUAUUUAAACCAUCUUAUGUGGUACUUAACCAAACAUUUUUCAUUUGCAUUUCAUUACCUAAAAAUAAACUACAGAAAAAAGA